CAAUUUCUAAAGCGUCUGCUGCACCUAGGAUUGAAUGUGACCGCAAGGAGGAAACAGCACGCCACCGGGGACGAUACGCUAAAAACUGGACACGUUUGCGAAGGACUCGACUCCAUAUUUACACAGUAAUAUAGAACCCUUCCAGAUGCAGCUAUGAAGUACUACACAGGAAGCUAUUUAUUUCCUUUUCAAUGGGACCAAGUUGCUACUGCAUACUGGCAGAAAUAUUCCUUACACAAAAGUAAACACAUAAUUUCGGAGGAUGUGCUGUCCCGCCAGAUUAUUGAAGGGAAACUUUUCACAAAGAGACUGAUCAAUAAGUCAGUUAACUACGCAGAGAAGGUUGUGAACAGACUGACACGUAACAGAGACAAGAAGACAUGGGUUAUAGAGGAAUCCAUUGUGGACCCAGUAACGAAAACUAUGAUCACCUACACACGAAACAUUGGUCACAGGGAUUUAGCUGUGGUUGAAGAAAAAUGUGUUUACAAAGCGAACCCAGAGAAAAUUGAUGAAGUUGUACAGGAUAAAAGUGCUUGGAUAUAUUCAGAUCAGCUCUUCUUUGGCAAAAUCAUACAAAAUAUAGUUUAUCAAAACUUCAAACGCCGCGCUGGAAAAUCAAGUGGAGAACUUCAUAGUGUCUUAACUAAACUGUUUAAAGUGGAACCGAUGGACCCUACAAGUAAUCCCGGUAUCGUGCCAUUGCUGAAGGAACAUGACAUAAAGGGAAAGGCAAUUCGUGCAACGAAAAGCGUCGCUCAAAAGACACCUAAACUUUAAUACUGCUGUAAAUUGAUGUGUGGAUGAUUUGGAUAGAUAUGUUAAUGGGACGUGGCUGGUGAUGAAUAUUUGGAAGCUGAAAUAGUUUUUAAACUUAAAUCAUUUUCAUUGUUUUUAUAAACUUGAGAGAUUUAUUUGUGUUAUUAAAGCCAAAGAGCUAGGCCAAGCAGUGAUAUUUUCUAAACAUGAUUGCAGAUGAAAUUUGUUAAAUUGAAGACAAAUUAUUAUCUGAAAUUUAUCCAAAAAAGAUAUUUCGGAAGAAUUUUUUUUUCAAGAAUAUUAAUUUUUAUGAUUUAUACAUCAGAGAUCAGAAAAGCUCUGUUUACUUAAAAUAAGUAAAAUAGGCUGUCUUUCUUUUCUAGAAGACUUCAAAAUAAUCUGUUCUGUUUUGUUUUAAUCUUGUGAAGAGUUUUUGUUUGACUUUUUUACCUAAUCAACUUAUAUAGGGGUUACCUAACUAAAUCUUUCAGUUACGAUUUGAUAGUGCUGUUAAUGCUAAUGCUAAUUGUUGUCAUUUUGUUUUUUUACAUGAAAGCUGUUCGCUGGUUCAGUGCUAGGUUUGCUGAAAGGUCUUAGGAAUAAUCCAUAUUCCAUGACCAUGUCGUAACAGUGUAUGCAACCAAUGUGCAUGUAUCUGAUACUGUCCUGUAUGGUUCUUGGGUUUGGACUAAAUGCUAAGUCCUGUGAAACUUAUAUGAAUAUACAUGUGUAACCUCAUGAAACAUUUAUUAGAUGGGAGUGACAUUUUUGCUUAUUUUUGAAAUUCUUUGUGAUGACGUGCAUGUGUGAGAGAGAGUGAUUUAAUAAAAAAAAAUGUUAAAUCUGUAUAGUUGUUAGGAUGAUUUCUUUAAUAGUCUAGGGAUUAUACAGGAAAUAAUUUUCUGCAUUGUUAUAUAUAUGUAUUUAUAUGUCUACCUCACAAAAGGCAUGGAACCUUGACAAUAAAUUCAGGACAAUGCAAGUGAAGAAACAUAGUUUUAAAUGUAAUUCAUAGCUUUGAAUGUAAUUCACGUAAGUUUAACUUUCAUUUUCCAGUAAUGAAGCAUUGUCAGUUCGUAUGCUGGCUUCAGGGUGUAGAUGUGCUACAUGUACUCUCAAUCUCUAAAUGGAAGAGAGACUAAAUGUUACAUUAUGGUUGUUUUUUUGAGAGACCACUUCAUAUUAUUGUCAGUUUGACCGAGGUUCUCAUUCUACUGAUAUGCUUAGUUUGUCACAAUGAAUGAUAAUACAGAUAAAAAACUUCAUUAUAUUUGAAAAUCUUCCUUGUACAUCAUAUACAUGUAUAUCUAAUUUCAGGUCUAUUAAGUUUGGUUUGUCAUAUAAUGUUACACAACUUCAAAAUUCAAGGGUUUGAUAAGGUGCAGAGAUCAUAAGUAAACGCAACCCUGGGAAUUUCAAAGAUGUGUUCAACAGGGCUUUAUUGAGCCAAAGUAUAUAAUUUCAUCCAAAUAAAAUCUUCUAAUAUAUACAUAUGUACCUACCAUAUCAAACCUGAUUUAUGCUAAUUUCCAUUUAUAUGGCCAUCUGUUUUUUGGGUUUUUUUUUUUUUGCAUUCCAUAUACAUGUACAUGUAUUUAUAUUCUUUGCAAAAAUGCCACCAUUAUUGCACAUUAAUGAGAUUUUGUGAACAGUUUUGAUUUCUGAUUUCCCUCAAGUUGUUGACCACCUAUGCUUGUUAUGUUAAAUCUGGUAUUGUAGUUCUAUAUUAUAUAACUCAUUAAUGAUAGAUAACUUAUAAGUUUGUCACAAAAUGUCAUCUUCAUUUGAAAUGUAUCCUUUAAGAGGUUGAGGGCCAACAUUAGGACAAUCCGGUAAGAUUCUAACCCAACAUAAUCGUUAAGUAUCGCGAUGCAUGAACAGUGUAUAGGGAACACAUGGUUUUGAUAGUGGCUACAUUACACAUAACAGCUGUCUUCAGCAGAUUUUUGGAAACUCAACAAGCCGAACCUGUACAUUCCUACACUACUGAAAAAUAUAAAAGCAAAUCUCCAGUUCUUGGGUUUCAGAGUAGUGAAAUAGCACACUGCCAAUGAAGAUUUUUUGUGUUCUAUCAAAGGAAAAGAAUAAGAAUGUGUAUAUCCUCAGAACCAAAGCCCCUGUUUUAGUGUGAAUCAGAGAGAGAUUGAUUGUGAUUGUUUUGAUAACUGACCUUAUUGUCACUAUUAGAUUAGUACAUGUAUGAGAUUUGCCCCUAGGGAUUGCUUUAUGUUAUUUGAGUUAUGAGUUAUGUUUUCUGUAAAUAAUCUUCAGAGAAUUGUAUGAUUUGUAUUAGAUUAUUACAUGAACACUUAGGAAUAACAAAUUACAGAGGUCGACCCAGGAAUUUUCCAAGGAUUCGACAACUGUAACUUUAGGAUUUGUGGCAUGUAUUCAACAUGUGUAUAGUGUCAAAAUACAUAUAAAGCAAUGUUACUACUUUAAGUUAAGAAGGAAGAUAGGGAUGGGGAAACCUCUGCACGCUCCUCCUGGAUUUUUCAUUGAGCUUACUGCAGUAGGCACCACAGUAUUUCUUGCUAGGUACCUGGUAGCCUUUUUUUCCAUUUCAUUAAGAAUCUACGUAGAUCAUGAAUUAGGAUUUAUCGACCGUUAUUGCAGCUUCAUUUCACAUCCUAUGGAAAUAAUGAACACUUGUUAAUGUAAGAAAAUUGCCAGGUAAUCGACAAUGAGAAGAAAACAUUGAUAGCAUUUUACCUAUUCAAGUUGUAAACAUGUGAGUGUAUGAUAUACUUUAUAUGUGUGAGAAGAUGUUUUAGUGCUUGUAGUUGACUGAUGUCAUUGUCAAACUUGACUGUUAUAAACAUGGAUUUAUAAAUAAAAAAUAUUUACAAAGAAA